UGUUUAGUGCAAGCAGGUGUUUAGUUCAGUGUUUUGUUUUUCCCUUCAAAAGAUUUUUGGUCAUGAUUCAUGGUCCGGUUUCUCCCAGGCCCCUGUGCUACAUGGUUUCUGUUAAAGCUCUCUGAAGUUGUGAAAGGUCACCAGUCCCUCUUCAGUUGCAUGUGCCUGCCGGAGCAUGCUUUAUGUCAGUGGGCCUGAACUUCGUCACUCAGCUGUUUUGGGUGGGGGAGUUAAAGGGGCACUGAUAUAAUGGCCUCGUUCUCUCUGCACACACAUCCAUUGUGUUAACCCGCUUGGAAACGCUCCACCAUGGAGUGGCUUUUGAUUGUCGUGGCAACCUGCUUGCUAGCCCUCUGCCCUGUCAACGGGAAUGAGUGGAGGUUAGAAUAUGAAGAAGGACUUAGUCACUCCAGUGAGGAGGCCCUAAGAAAGGAGUUUCCUGAGAAGACCAGACCAAUCAGUUUCAAAAAUCCACCUUUCAUAUGUCCUGAUAUGAGCCCCUCCUCUUCUGUGCCCUCCUCAGUUGAGCUGGUUAAGGCAGCGGAUAUUAAAGUGAUUGCUGCCCUUGGGGAUUCAUUGACAACAGCCAUUGGUGCAAAUGCAACCACAGUUCUUGGCAUACCUAUUGAAUUUCGCCAUGUGUCUUGGAGCAUUGGUGGCUAUGGGUCCUUUAAAGAUGUCAUUACACUCGCAAACAUCAUUAGACUUUUCAACCCCAAUUUAGUGGGACCUGCCCCAACCAAGACUGUCCAUGGAACCCCAGCUCCUCUCUGUGAGACUGGAUUUAACCUGGCUGUAACUGGACACAACACUUUUAAUCUUCCUGAUCAAGUCAGACAUUUGAUUGACACAUUGAAAACAUAUGAGGAUAUUGACUUUGAUGGGGACUGGAAGAUCUUGACCAUUCUAAUUGGGAUGAAUGACAUCUGUGAUUACUGCAAAGACAAGUCCCUCUUUUCAGUGGAGAACUUUGUCCAUUACAUGACUGUGUCCUUGGAAAUGCUGAUGAAUGAGGUUCCUCGAAUGAUAGUCAGUGUGGUUCAGAUACUGCCCAUGGAGACCCUGAGGGAGGUACAGAAGCCCACCCCAGGAUGCCUGCUUCAGAGGUCAUUCUGCUCCUGUCUGGUAAAGCCAGCUGCUGGAUCUGCUGAUCUAAAGGAACUGAUUGGAGUCAACUUAGAAUUUCAGAGAGCGCUGGAGCAGCUCUUGUACAGUGACCGUUUCUUUAAGAAUGACUUUGCUGUAGUUUUGCAGCCAUUCCUGAAACACGCAGACCCACCAAGACUUCCUAAUGGGAAGAUUGACAUGAGCUUCUUUACCCCUGACUGCUUCCAUUUCACUAUGAAAGGACACGAGGAGCUGGCCAAGGGAUUGUGGAACAACAUGUUCCAGCCUGAAGGAGAGAAGUUCAUGGUGCAUAGCUUUUCAAACUCUAUUGAGCUCAUUUGCCCCCCUGUGGUAAGACGUCUAUUAUCACUUAUUAAUGUAAUCUUUUUAUGGAAUUUUAUCUUGCAAUGUCCCUUUAAUUACAUGAUCUGUUGGAUUCACUUAAUUAUCCCAUUGUUACAUUCUCUCACGCUCAAACUGACAAAACCCAGGGUCAUCCGUACAUUUACACCAGACCCAACGCUGCAAAGUCAGGCUCACCACGUCCUGAGAAACCCCAGUCAGCUGGCACCAGACGAGUAUUUCUCCAUCUCAUGCCUGCAUUGGCUUUUCUUCCACUCUGGUUGGCUGUUAAUCUGGCCUCCUUGUAGGACGUCCAUAUGGAGUAUCAUGAUUCAUGGUACAUCAUGUCUAUCCUCCCUGAUGUUCUAUAAGGUCUGGAUAUCAUUGCUUUGGAGGGCUCUGAAUAACUGAGGUUCUGUUCAGAAACUUGAGCUACUGCAGGGUGAUCUGUAAAAAUGAUGGAGAGGGUGUGAAAGACAAAAAGUGAGUUAUCACUGAUGAACAGGAAAUUGCAGUUCACAAAUAUAUAAAAGAUGUGGUAAAAGUCAAUAUCAGAUUUAAUUGCUCUGUGGAAUGAUCUGUACAAUGGAAAUGGAAACGUUGAAACCUCAUAAUAGAAAAACAUAUGCUAACCCAAUGACCUUUUUUGAUGUACGGAACCAAAAUAGCACAACAGCAGGUGCAAAGCCACAUUUACCUCUGUGUAAUGCUGCCAUAAUCAAUUUAGCAAUGAAAGGUAAUUGUGUAAGCUAAUUCAAGCUGGUUUGAACAAAAAUGGCCAGGGGUUAUACUGCAAACUCAUUAAGCCUGUGAGGAUAAAGGAAUUGAAUGUUAGGUUAGAACAAUUGUUUUGCUUGUGAUAGUAUGGUGAAAAGUAAACUGUUUGAGAGCUUCCUAAUGCCCACAGUAAUAAGAUUAUUGCUUUGGAUGUUGCAACAUGAGAAGUGCUUUUAUUAUUCUCAAAUAAAGCUUUCAGA